UUCUAAUCUGCCUCGCUCGUUGCCCCCACCCAGCCAAGCCAUUUUCUAACUCGGCGGCCCUUCUGACCCGGCCAUCUUUGUUCCGACCAACCAAUCUGUUUCCUUAAAUAUUCACACCACCAAAGGGAAAACUCACUUUCCCCCAUCAUCAACCACCACUAUCUCUACACGAGGACAGCUCUCUCUCGCUCUCUCUCACUCUCCACACAUCGCCUGCAACACACACAAAACCAGACAAAAGCGGAAUCACUGCAGCCCGCACACACACAUCUAAACUCUAUCGCAACGCCCACCUCUUAAAACAAAUCGAUUAAAAUGUGCCCUCCCGAGGACAAGCCCGUCGCCAACGGCAACGAGGAGAUGGUUGCCAUCGACCUUGCUUCGGCCGUCAAGACCAACGGCCACCUCAACGGCGGAGAGAAGGACAAGAAGGGCUUCUACAACCGCCCAUCCGACUUUUUGAGCAACACGAGCAACUGGCAGAUCAUUGAGUCGACUCUUCGUGAGGGAGAGCAGUUCGCAAAUGCCUUCUUUGACCUUGAGACCAAGAUCAAGAUCGCCAAGGCCCUCGACGAGUUCGGUGUUGAGUGGAUCGAGCUCACCUCGCCCGCCGCCUCGCCCGAGUCGCGCGCUCACUGCGAGGCCAUCUGCAACCUCGGCCUCAAGAGGUCGAAGAUCCUUACCCACAUCCGUUGCCACAUGGACGACGCCCGCAUCGCCGUCGAGACUGGUGUCGACGGUGUCGACGUCGUCAUUGGCACCUCGUCGUUCCUCCGUGAGCACUCGCACGGCAAGGACAUGUCGUGGAUCACCAAGACCGCCAUCGAGGUCAUCCAGUUUGUCAAGUCGAAGGGCAUUGAGAUCCGUUUCUCGUCCGAGGACUCGUUCCGUUCGGAGCUUGUCGACCUCCUCUCCAUCUACCGCACCGUCGACAAGAUCGGUGUCAACCGUGUCGGUGUUGCCGACACUGUCGGCUGCGCCGACCCCCGCCAGGUGUACGAGCUCGUCCGCACCCUCCGUGGUGUCGUCAGCUGCGACAUUGAGUGCCACUUCCACAACGACACUGGCUGUGCUAUUGCCAACGCCUACGCCGCCCUCGAGGCCGGUGCUACGCACAUUGACACCUCGGUUCUCGGCAUUGGCGAGCGUAACGGUAUCACCCCUCUCGGUGGUCUUAUUGCCCGCAUGAUGGUUGCCGACCCCGAGUACGUCAAGUCGAAGUACAACCUUACCAUGCUCCGUGAGGUCGAGAACAUUGUCGCCGAGGCCGUCGAGAUCCAGGUUCCCUUCAACAACUACAUCACUGGCUUCUGCGCCUUCACCCACAAGGCCGGUAUCCACGCCAAGGCCAUCCUUGCCAACCCCUCGACAUACGAGAUCCUCAACCCCGCCGACUUCGGCAUGACCCGUUACGUCUCGAUCGGCCACCGUCUGACUGGCUGGAACGCUGUCAAGUCGCGUGUUGAGCAGCUCAACCUGACUCUCACCGACGAGCAGAUCAAGGACGCCACUGCCAAGAUCAAGGAGCUUGCCGACGUCCGCACCCAGUCAAUGGAGGACGUUGACAUGAUCCUUCGUAUCUACCACACUGCUGUUCAGGAGGGCAAGCUCAAGGUCGGACAGUCUGCUGUUCUCGACCGCCUGUUGGAGGAGCACGUUAACAGCCGUGAGACUUCGCCCAACCGGAAUGCCAAGAGGCAGCGUGUCGAGGAGGCGUCGGCGUAGAGUAAGAUUAGUCGGCGCUUCUGUUUGUUUGUAUACCGGCGGAUAUGCAUUGGCAUGGGUAGAUA